AUGAAUUGCACUAAUUACGGCAAGAGCCCCUCACAGUUCACUUCGCCUCCCAGCAACCAACAGCAGCAGCAGCAGCCACCAAACCAAACCAAACCACUCAACAUGGCAUUCAAGUUCGUCGCCCUCUUCGCCCUGAUCGCAGCCGCCAGUGCCGGUGUUCUGCCCGUCCAGCAGGUCUACCACGCCGCCCCCGCCGUGGCCACCUACGCCCACGCCCCCGUCGCCGUGGCCCACGCCCAGCCCGUCCUGGCCAAGGCCGCCGAGGAGUACGACCCCCAUCCCCAGUACAAGUACGCCUACGAUGUCCAGGACUCGCUCUCCGGGGACUCCAAGAGCCAGGUGGAGGAGCGCGACGGAGAUGUGGUCCGCGGGGAGUACUCCCUGAUCGACGCCGACGGCUACAAGAGGACAGUGCAGUAGACCGCCGACCCCAUCAACGGAUUCAACGCCGUGGUGAACCGUGAGCCCCUCGUCAAGGCCGUCGCCGUUGCCCCGGUUGUGAAGACCAUCGCCGCCCCCGUUGCCCACUACGCCGCCCCCGCUGCCUACACCUCCUACGCCGCCCCUGCCGUCGUGAAGACCGUGGCCCCCGUGGCCCACUAUGCUGCCCCCGCCGUGGUCAAGACCGUGGCUCCAGUGGCCCACUACGCCGCCCCCGCUACCUACACCUCCUACGCCGCCCCCGCUGUCGCCUACCACCACUAAGAACUGCCAUCCCACAUCCCCAAGCCCUUAUUGUUAUAG